AUAACAGGAACCAGAUCACUGAACGCCUUGGAUGGGACAAUGAACUUUUGAAUUGCAGAUUCACCACUGCAGUCGUGCUUCAGCGAUCUUCUCCUCUGCAGAGCAUCGGCAAAACCAAGAGGAUGCAAACCAAUUGGAUUUUGGUGGGUCUGCUCUCUCUCUGCAGCCUCUCCUUCAGUCAAGAAUGCAGUCGAGGGCUUCAGGAGAACAUGGAUUUCCCGGGAACAGACAUAACAUUUCUCUACUCUCCUGAUGUGGAGCACUGUCAGCAGCUGUGCACCCAGCACCCAUCCUGUCUCUUCUUUACUUAUGUUCGAGCUGAAUGGACCAAAGAUAACAGGCACUUCUACUGCUACCUGAAGUCCACUCCCUCUGGACAGCCCAGAGUCCAGACUCCACUUAUCGGUGUCACCUCUGGCUUUUCUCUCAAACCCUGCAACCCACAGCCAAGACCUUGUCUACCACAGGUGUACCAGAACGUGGACUUCCUGGGGGCGGACUACAGAGUCUUGUUCACAGCCGACUAUGAAGAGUGUCAGAGAGUCUGCACACAGGACCCUGAUUGUCAGUUCUUUACUUUCGUAAAUGGCGUCUUCACACCAGAGAAGAUAAGGUUCAAAUGUCACCUCAAAUACAGCUGGACGGCACCAAGGACUCCUCUUGUAAACAGAAAGGCUGGCGUAUUCUCUGGAUUCUCCCACAACUUACAAAUAACUCAAUACUUCACGCCAGCGUGUCAGAGCAAGUUUUUUGCAAAGACUGAGAUCACAGGAAACGACUUGGAGACGCUGCCCGCUGCCUCUGCUGAACACUGUCAGGCACUGUGCUCUGUUAAUCCACGCUGUACAUACUUCUCAUUUGUCAGUAAUAAUUUCCACUGUAUCUUGAAGAACAAUCCAAAUGAAAUGGUGAUCAGAGCCAAAGAGGGAGUCACAUCUGGGCUACCAGUGCACUUCUGUCAGCUGGAUAACAGCUGGCUGAAGGUGCAACAUGAGGGAGUGGACUUCCAAGGUUCUGACAUUCGCUUUGAACUGAUGAAUGAUCCAUUCACAUGUCAGAGGACCUGCUCUGCAGAUCCUAACUGCCAGUUCUACACCUACGUCAAUGAAAACUUCAGGGACCCUGUUCACAGGCGCCGCUGCUAUCUCAAGCGUGUCAUCACCAUGCCUGCUCCUCCCAGAGUUAACAAGCUGCAGAAUGUCGUGUCUGGUUUCUCCCUGAAGAACUGUGUGUAGAGUGCUCUGCACAUGCAAACACAUGGAAACACACACACAGAAACACACAUACAGAUAACUGGUAAUAAUUUACAGAGAUACUGACAAGGUAGCUACCACGUGCAGAAAUGUAAUGUCUAUCAAAUUAAGAGAAAUGACAAGAUAUAGUGGUUGCAUCAUCAUUUUAACAAAUAUCAGACAGUUAAUUUUUUAAGGUUAGUAGAAAUACAUAAUACUGUACUGUACAUGUGUGCUACCAGUCAAAUAACUGGAAAGUUAGUCACUACAGUUUGAUACUAUACUAAUAUUACUUGUAAUCAUACUAAUAUAAUGAUAAUGAUGUCUGUGAUGAAGCAGCCCUGACCAGCAAACAAUGUGAUGGUAAAUCAUCCUUUAACCUGGAGAGAGCUGAGGCUCAGACCUGCAACAGCGCUGCUCCACACCUUGUUUCCCAGCUCCCUCCCUCUGCUUCAGCCCCUGUCAACAGUGAUCAGCAGUCAGCAGUGAUACUCUAAAAACCGAGUCUUCCUCCAAAAUCUCAAAUGUCUCGAGGAUCCAAAGCAAGAAAUCAAACUGAGCUGGGAACUGAGCCAGCCACUCAAUGUCAUGCUGGGCUGUCUAGAGAGGGGCUGAUGGAGGAUGGAAACAUUGCCUUGUUUGCCUGCAACCUCAUAGACACAGAGGUCAUAAACCAUCUGAAGCCUACUGUGAGCUUUGCAACCAAUACCAAGCUGUCGGAGAUGAGAUUCCAUAUAACCUUAACAUCCCCACCAAAACAGAGGAAACAGGGCCAAAGAAAGAGCUCACGAAGCUGGAGCUGCAUCUGCAGGAGGAACAAGCACGCCAGGAAGGAGCUCUUCUCUCCAGGGAUUAUUACAAAGCCAUCUGCAGCAGCAGAGACUCAGACCAAGUUGCUCUCUUGUUCUCUCUGUGGCCAGAUGGAGGCUACAAUUUUGUUGCUACAGUUUUUUUCAUCUCUUUAUUUUUGCACAUUUCUUGUGUUUCAAUUCAUCCAUUCAAAGCUUUGUUAAUAGAAUUUCUAAGUUGAUGCAGUAGGGUGUUGGGCCACGAUUUACAGAAGCAUGUUUACACCAGCAGAUGGCGGAAACAGAUAUACAUAUACUUCAGAGAGUCAAAUUACUGGCAUCAUAGCACAGAUGACCUAAAACUUCAUUGAAAUCAACUAUACAAUUGUAAAACCUUAAUUGACUUGCUCUGGACUACUUUUAUUAGAAGAUGGUGCCAAAAUGUGACCCUGGUCCACCUCUCGAAUCCACAGACUUUAAGUCUUAGACCACUUUCCCUGUUCAAGUGAAUAUUGGUGAGGACACAAUACUGAACACCCUCUAUCCUUAGACUCUUGAUUUAUGGUUCACACAUAGACCAUGUUGUGUUACAUACUGUGAUGUAGGUCUGUUUAACCAUAAAUGUACACGUAUGUCACUAUAAAUUACAUUGUUUGAAUUGAGA